AUGACGGCAAUUGUAAAUUAUCUUCAAAGGCGUGUUUUCAUCGCCAAUCGUAGCAGAAUUCAGAACAUUUGGGAUCGCACGUUCUCAGCCAGAAUAAAUCCCAAACAACUCAACUGGCGCCUCGCGAAAGCAAGUGAUUUCGACGACGUCGUUAAGUUGUCGGAGGGAAUUUACAAUGGUUACGACUUCAUUCCAGUUGUAUUUCACCAAUGGCUUAAAAGGGGAAAUGUAGCCAUAAUGAUGCUGUAUGCGGACAAAAAACUCAUUGGUCUUGAGGCAGGCUAUAUUGUUGACGAUGGGAAAACGCUUGUUCGUCGCGGAGGACGCAUCGCACCUAAUCUUCGUGGACAGGGUCUAUUACGAAAGAUGGUACCUGCAUGGCAGCAAUAUGUAUCAGCAGUAUUUCCUAAAGUCUCCAGGCAAAGAUUUUCGACUUUUGUGGAAGUCAAAGCUAAAGGCGUAAGCCCGUUUAAAAAAGUUCUCGAGCGUGAUGAGCUGUCCUAUUUCGUGGAGGAAAAAUCCAAAGAAAAUUUCGACAGACGUGAUAUUUAUCCCUGGGAGGUGCUCUGUGUAGACAGCGCUGCAACAAAAGAAUUAGAAAUAGAGUCGUGUACCCAAGAGUAUUUCUCCGACGUUAUCCUAUCUUCUGCCGAAACUCAGAAGUUGUUCCCCAACAACAUCCUGGUAUUUGACUGGUGCCCGUAUGAGCCUCUCCGAUCAAAUAUCGAGUUAAUCCCGGAAAAAAACCAUCGCCUUUACUUUUUCGUGGAGAAAUGUUCCAUCAAAGGCAGCCCGAGAUCUUUUAGUUAUGGUGUUCACACACAGACAGUAACAGCCAAAAAAUGGGAGGCCACAGUUUACACCGAUGAUCCAGCUGUCUUUGAAGCUCAUCUUUUGUAUCAGUUCAAGCUUGCUCGUGAAAUCAUCGAAGGCAAAUUCACCUUCUUUUCAGUUCAAGAUAGAAUCAUGACACCAUUUGCUCGAAGGGUACUGGGGGGAAUAUUGCAGCUGAAAGAGGCCAAUUUUCUAAACGACGAGACUAUGAAAGUGUAUGAAAGACCCUUCAUUCGUUAA